AUGUUUUCGGUUUAUCAGCCAGCAACAAAAUCUCCGAUACCGCUCAAAGAUAUGCCACCAAUUCCCGUUGAUCCAGCAACUCGGCGUACCUAUUCCAGUGCGUUGGAGCUGCAGCACAUUAAUGACAAAGUGGACGAAAUUGCAUCGGCUUUGUAUAGAAAAAUUCUGGAAGAGAUCAGCGUACUUGGAGGUCGCGCUGUAAAAAUCAUUUUCAAACCAUCAUGUGAAUCAACUGCUAGGCUGAUGGAAAAUGGCGAUUUCCGAAUCAAAUUUGAAGACGGUUCACAUUUUUUGAUUUCUAUUUCGCCAAAAUUUUUUAAUUUUUCUUUCCUGUUUGGAAUUUUAUUCGAGAAAUUUGAAAAUAUUUUUAUCUUUUUGGUACUGAUUAAUUCGGGAAAAUGA